UAGAAGGGACACCGUGUAGUAAAAAUUGGAUCCGGCAACGCGGCCAUUGAGAUUCAAUUGAAUCGUACAGCACAAUUCAAACGCAAACCGCACCACGACCAACGAUUUUACCUCACCUUUUCCCAUCGAAUUUGUUCGCCGUUCGCUGUUGGCUUCGCUUCGAGAGCUGGUGCUGGAUACCGCGGAUACCGCGCCGUGGACGAAACAGGUGGCCGAUAACGGGACGUACAGUGCUCCUUCGGGUUUUUCGGGAUAACAGGCGACACGCUAGGACGGCGGAACAGCCCCUCUGAUGAUGACUGAAACGGUGGUCAACGUGCAGGAAGCGCCGAACAACAAUGCUGCUAACAAGCCCCAGCAGCCCGGAGCAGCCGGGCAGCCGGAGUCGCCGCUCGCUUGGAUUAAGAUUAACUUGGAGUAUUUCAAGACGACGCCCGGAAUUUUGAAAUUAGUCGAAUUUGUUUUAGGAAUAUUUUGUAUGGCCCUGGCAUCGCCGGCUCAUUACGGAAGUGCGCAUUUCUUCCUAUUCGUAGCGACCACAAGUUUUAUAUUAACCAUUUUAUGGAUAUUCGUGUAUUUACUAGGAAUAAGGGAGGCGCUUAGGAUUCCUGUAAAUUGGAUUUUAUCUGAAUUACUCAACACCGGUCUUUGGGGUGCUUUGUAUAUCAUCGCCUUCAUCGUUCAGUUAAUAGCAGCUGCGGGUCUCCAUCCUGCGUACAGCUUCAGGGGGUCGAACAUCGCCGCUGGGGUGUUUGGUAUCUUCAAUGCGGGUGUGUACUGCUUCGCCGCGUAUCUCUUGUAUCUCGAAUGGAAGCGCACCACAACAACGAAUUAAUUAUGCAACAUCGUUCGAUCGAACGCCUAAAUUUUAAGGAUUACGUACUGUUUUAGUUUAAGAGACACAGAGUACCUUAGCAAUAAGUCAUGAGAGAAAAAAAUAUACCUACGUGUAAUUGUAUACACUGUCGAACAAGUUUUGUAUGUACUUUUUUUUGUUCCGAUUUGUUAUUAUUAUUUAUAAGAAUUGUGUGAGUUCGAAUACCGAAACGGCAACUAUUUAAAUAUUACCGCUGAUUUAUCUAAAUUUUGAUUUGCCUGUAUUUGCAUUUAUUAAACUACUUCGGGCGCGAUAUUUACAAUUAAAUCUAUUUUCACAGCUUACUCCAUUGUUUUUAUAUGCAUUCAUUUGAAAAUACUUGUGCAAUGCCUGUAAAGUAAUUCACUUUUUGUAAAAGCGGUAAAUUAGAUAGUACGUAGGUAAAAUAAUUGAGUAGGUAUUUAUUGCAUUUCGUUGUUUUGUAACAACAUUUCUCGAAUUUCAAAAAUACUGCUAAUUUUUGGUGCUAAUCAAAAGUGCGACUUAAUUGUAAUCAAUAAUCUUUAACGAAAAUGAAGAAAUUUAAUUUUUUUUGUAUAUAUUUAAUCUCUGCAUACAUUUCGUCUUGAGUUUUUUAUACAUAUCUACCGUUGGGAUUUUUUUUGUACGUUCGUUAUUUAUAAAGUAAGUUUAAAUUGCAUUUCAGAAUAUUUUCACGCGAAAUUCACGAUUUCUGGCAUUGUUGUUAAUUGUGUCUAUUAUUAUUUGAGUUUUCGCUGUUUAGCUUACGAUUCAAAAAUUAUUUAAUUCACUUCUUAAUAAUAAAAUAGGUAUAACGUUUAAGUUUUCAAAUUUUAUCACACAGUAACAU